GCGAUCUGGCCCCGAAGGGCUUUGGGAAUGCAAGGGGAAAAGAAACUCCCUCCCUGCAGGAGUGGCCUCGGAGCCAAGGAGCUGCUGCUUUCGCUUCUGGUGGCCCUCAGGACAGAAUGGCAGCCACGAACCGGAGACUGGCCAAGGUAGACUGUCCCCCUCCUCUGGGCCCAAGGCUCCUCGGGAGGGAGGGAAGGCAGGAGCUAGAUGAGAUCAAGAGGAAAGGGGGCCGAUGCUUCCAGGAUAUUGAGGCAGAUAAAACCAACAUCAUGCUUUGGAAGGGGCUUCUAGUACCGGAUAACCCUCCAUACAAUCAAGGGGCAUUCCAGAUUGAGAUCACUUUUCCAGGCGAAUACCCUCUCAAGCCCCCCAAGGUAACUUUCAAGACUAAGAUCUACCAUCCCAAUGUGGAUGAGAUGGGUGAGGUGUGCCUGCCAAUCAUCAGUGAUGUGAACUGGAAACCGUACACAAAAAUAGACCAAGUGAUCCAGGCACUCAUAGCAUUGGUGAAUAACCCUGAACCAGAUUAUCCGUUGCGUCCCAACUUGGCUAAGGAGUUCACCAAGGACCGUGAGAGUUUCCUGGCCAAUGCAGAAGAACACACCCGCAAUUUCAGCGAGAAGCGGCCAAGCGAAUGACCCACCCUUGCCAACAAGCGAGUGAUCUGGCCAUGCCAACAAAUGCCAACCCAAACUUCUCUGCCUGCUUAUUGUACCAUCAAUUUGGAGAGCCACCCCUGUAUGUUCACAGUACUGUAGAUGUGUGGGAUGAAACAGAUUGCUCCCAAGAUUGCUUAGUAACAAAGUAAUAUACUUGAUAAAACCCUGGGUUGCUCUUGUUGACAAAACUCUGCAUCCGAGGUGGAACAGGACUCCAGAAGUUGUAACGUUGGGAAGAUACAAUUUCCUGCUUCAGUGUAAUAAAAUACAGGCAAACUC